AAGAAGGCGAAGGCGUGGACCGACUUCCCGGAGGCCGACUUCGGCUACGCGCCCACUCAGGAGGUCCACUGCGCCGUUAGCUUCAAGGAGGCGGCCCGCGGGUGCGAUAAGCAGGUGGAGGUACUGGUCCAGGAGGACUGUCCCAAGUGUAACGGCAAUCGUGUAGAGCCGGGUCGGGCGGGCCAGACGUGUCCGUUCUGCGACGGAGUGGGACUCGAGGUGAUCCGAGACCAGGCCAUACCCAUCAGGACCACGUGUCGCGUGUGCAAGGGCUCCGGUGUCUACAUAUACUACAAGUGCACGAAUUGCUUCGGUAUGGGACAGGUGUUGGGCAAACGGCGGCUCAUAGUGCCGGUGCCGGCGGCCGUGGAGGACAUGCAAACCAUGCGAGUGGACGUCGAGGGCCAGGAGCUGUUCAUCACGUUUCACGUGACGAGCAGUACGUACUUCCGGCGCGAGGGCUGGGAUGUGCACACGGAUGCCGUCGUAUCACUAUCUCAAGCGGUGCUCGGAGGCACCGCUAAAGUGGAAGGUCUGUAUAGCGAUGAGCACCUGGAGCUCAAAGCGGGCACUGACUCGCACUCGACUAUCAAGUUAGAGGGAAAGGGUCUGAAACGGAUAGACGGUUACGGUUACGGCGAUCACAUCAUUCACAUUAAGAUUGAAAUACCGAAAAAACUGUCGCCAAAACAGACAUCACUAAUGAAGUCAUUCGCAGAACUGGAAGACAAUACUCGCGGAACCGUUGAUGGAGUCGUCAAACGAAAGAAGUGGACGGACGACGAGGCGUCAGACUACUCGGCCAAAGAGAGUCCAUAUAAUGACGGCACGAGUGGCCAGUCGUCGCCCGCUAUCGUCAGACUCGCGAAGAAUGUGUUUAAAAGACUUUUUCUGAGAAAUUCUUAGCGUUUAAUACAUUUUGUGAUUAUUUUUUUAGGUAUUAAUUGAUUGGUUUAGGG